UAGACCCCGCUGAUCUUGUCACACUGGUUUUGAUUAUAUUUAUGUAUAAUUCUAUUGUUAUUGUGAUAUCCUAAAAUCGACAUAAUUAUACCUAAGUGAACGUAUAGAAAUUAAUAAAUAAUAGAAAUUACACCAGCAAAUAUGUCAUAGCUAGUUUGUUAAGCAUUGUUAAAUUGUAAAGUAGGUAGUGCAUCGACUUUAUAUUUAUAAAAAAUCGUGAUUUAAUCACUGGUAUUUAUGUGUUUUAAAGAUGAUUAUUUUAUGCACUAUCUGCAGUGAUUUAGUAAAUCAAGCUGAAAAUAUAUAUGUGACAAAAUGUGGGCACAUAUUUCACCACCAUUGCCUCGCACAGUGGAUAGAAAGGUCCAAAACCUGUCCACAAUGCAGAAACAAAGUGACAGACAAGUGUAUGUUCCGUCUUUACCCCACGGUCUCCAACGAGAACAUGGGGGAGGAUGCGGCAACACUGCAGUCACGGCUGGAUGACGCUCAGCUGCAACUGCGGCAGCAGAGAGUUAAGUAUAAGGAGAAAGAGGAUAAGAUUGUUGCUGUGACUGCGGACUUGAAGAGACAAGAUGAUCUUCUAAAAUCGUAUGAAAAGCGGUUGGUCAGUUUCGACUCCAAGGUCCUGUCUUUAAGGGAGCAGCUGGAGUAUGCACAGCUUCAGAACAAAGACUUGCAGCGGUUCAAAGAUGAGAACGAAGGUCUCAAGAAGAGCAUGCAGACUUUGAAUGGUUUACAGAAGGUGUUAAACGCAACGAGUGACGAAGUGGAACAGAUGCUACAAGGGUACUCCGACGUGCGAACCAUCGCUACUUUUGCUACAGCACUUAAAAGGGCCUUAUGUGAGUCAGAGUCUAAAAAGAAUGAGAUUAGGGACCGUCUGCACGCGGCUAAACAACAGCUUGCUUUGGAGAAGAAAAAUUCUUCUGAACUGCAGAACAAAAUAAUGCAAUUAGAGGAUGAGCUCCACCAAGUACAAACUCAGUACGAGAUCCUGAAGACUGAUAAGGAGAUGGCAGAAAAAAAGCAGGUUCUGCAGCAGACCGCCGAGGAGAGUUCCAUCCUCGACGUCACGCAGUCGCCGCCGCCCGCACUCAACGAUGCCAUGCUGAAACCCGCAAGUAGGAAUAACAGCUUUGACACAUUGGUGAAUAAUAUAGAGAUGUCAGACUCUCCGUACCUAAGUCUGAAGCAGGGUAGCGCCUUCUCACUGGCGGCGCUGCAGCGGGCGCCCUUGAAGAUGUCUGAUAAGAUACAGCCAUCAGAAAACCUCUACCUCACCUCAAUUAAAAACGCGACGAAAAAGCUCAUAGGUGAUAAGACAACUAACGGAAGUACAAAACACAGCAUCUUCCAUAAGAAGAUGAUGAAGCUCGAGUCUCUAGACACCAGCCCUUUGGACAUCUCGUACGACGGACUUGGAGGUCACUCCAAGGUGGACACGUUCCCUGUUCCCAACAGGACGACGAUCAAAAGCUGUAUCCCAAAAAUAUCAGCUAAACACAAACUCAAGCGACCCAACCCCACUGGCAGUCAUGACAUCGAAAAAAUGCUGAAAAAAGUCAAAAACAAAUAAUUUUAAGGAAAGCAUAGACUCAAGACUCAAGUACACGCCCCUUAUUCGUAUAUAUAUACACUCUUUAUCUAUGAAUGUUCCCUUCUAAAAAGAUGUAGUCGCCUUUGUAUAGAGCACUAGUGCGAGUAAGGGGUAAAAUAGUCGUGUUUUUGCUAAAACCCAGUGUUUAAUAAUGAUAAAUUAUACACCUGUAUAAAUGAAAGGGUUAACGGAAGGACUUUGCCCUUCAGUGGGAUAUUAAUUAAAGGUAAAAAAGUGAUAGUUGUAUUAAAGCUGUAAGCUUAGAAAUUGGAUGUUGCCUUUUUAUGCUAGAAAGUAUAAUGCAUCGACCUGAUCGAAUAAUAAUAUUAAGUGUAGUUCUAAAUAACGGGUGAACACCGCAGGGACCGGACGCCCGUACAAUCAGCUUUAUAAAUAGUGUAUAAAUGUUAAUAUAGAGAUUUCAUUUUAAGAAUACUCUGCCCGUUGUAAGAAGAAUCUUUUGAUAGGUAUAAACAAACAUUUUAAAUUAAAUUAUACCCGAGACAAUAACUCACAUGACAAAUCAUUUCGAGCAGCAUUGCAAAGACUCACUUGAUAAUCGGAUUUCGAUUUAAAACGAAUUAGCAACACGUUGCUUGUCACUUUUUCGUAAACUCAAUGACUUGUCGAAUACUCUUCUUAAAACGGACAGGGUCCAAUAAAUUACCAUUUCAUGUUACCCACCGAUAUUCGAAAUAGAUCGUGAGCUUAUUAGUUAUCAAUGUGCCAAUUUUUCUUGUAAUAAUGUUAUGUGUGUUAAAAAAGCAUUUUCAAUGAAUGUUAGUUGUAUUUGCACUUUAUUAGAGAUAUAUUUAAAGAGGCUGUUGGGAAGAGCAAAGAAAGGAAGGACGAAACUGCUACCACUGUAAUACUGUAUGUUUUUCACCUUUUGUAUGUAAUUCUGUUAGUUCAACUCAUCUGUGCGCGCGACGCUAUGUGUGCGGUGACCAGCUUUGCCAGACGUCCCGAUUUUUAAAUCAAAUUUAAAUGUCCCGCGCGGGACAAGCUCGGUCCCGCUUUUCGGAGAGAACUUUUACGUACGGAAGUAGUACGCCUUUGUGAGGAUUCACACAGACUAUUGUUUGCGGAGAUCUAAAAAAAAGCUCUUUCAAUUUUUCGCGGAGUUAAGUUACACUUGUUUGCUUGUUUUGUUCGCGCGCGGAACAUCAACGUAAUUUUUAGUGUCCCGCUUCUGACGGAGGUAUCUCGCUACUUUCACUCAAAAAGUACCAAAGUCCCGAUGUGUCAAAAAAAAAACUGGCGACGCUGGCGGUGACACACAGAUGAUAGCUGCAUUACUACACAAAUUCGCUGCAUAUUAACAAGGGUUACCCUAAAUUUGACCGACAUCGGAAACAUAUAUGUAUAAUCGUUCUGUGUAUCGUUUUUAUUAAAGAAUAGUAAAUGAAAUUGCGGUUACCGUAUAGUGACUUAUGUAAUACAUUUCUUAUUUUUGCCUGCAAAUGUAUUUGAUUGGGAAAGGAAAGUUGUUGGCUACAUUUUGGCUCAUUAAUGUAAUGUAGAAAGUAUAGCAUUUCAUUUAAAUUAUUUUCGUAUUUCUGUAUAAAUUAUUUUUGGUAAAGCUACCUCGCUAAAGGAUUCCGCGUUGGUUGUGAAAUGUAAAGAAAGGAAGUCGAAAUGGUCUGAUGACACUCAAAAGUCGAAAACUGGCAUUGCAGGUUUUAGCUAUUCAUUACCAUUCAAGUUUGAAUCUUGUUUGGUUAUGUAUAAGAAACAUUUUACAAAAGCUUGAAAUAAAACACUUUCUAAUAAGGCUGAGUUGUAUAGGAAAUAAGUAUGUAAUGGGAAUGGGAAUCAAUAUUGUUUUGUAAAUAUUUUUAAUAAGUAUGUAUUAUAUUUAUGUCUCAUGUCGCGACUUCCAUCAAUAAUUAGUUUGUAGUUGCUUUUGUAAAUUUCGUUAAAGCGAAACUAUGUUAUUGUUGUAUAUUUAUUAAAUGUUUACUUGUAAUCACGCGAGCCUAAACACGCCUCAAUUAGUAUUUAAGAUCUAUUUAAUGUAUUUAAGAAAUACUGUUACUGACUAUGGUUACAUAAAUAUUGUAGAAUGUGGGUAUACGUGAAUUAAAGUUGUGUUUAUGGUUCGGUGCAAUAUUGGUGUAAUAAAAAUAAGUUUUGGAGGAUUUACCGCCACAUUUUAAGUAAUGUUGGUAUGGAAGAGUGAUUCACUACGCCAUGUAUUGCGCUGUCACGCUUCCACAUCCAUAUUAAUAUUACUUUAAGUUGUGGUAGUGAACCUCGGUUCUAUAGACCUUACACCACUGCUGAAUAUAGACUGUCAAUUGUAAAGAAAAGAGAUGCCGAUCUACGCCGUGUAGUGUCGUCCCGCUUCUCUCGCGGAUACGGCCUUUGAUUGGUUGUCUUACAGGUGAAGGGCUGCCAACUUGUGAGUUUUAGAUUGCUAUUAACUAGACAAGAGUUGCCAAUAAAAUAAUCGACACUUUUAUGAGAUAUGCCAAUGAUAUUCAACGAAUAAAAUUAAUAAAACUAAAAUCCAUGUAGUUUUUAAAUAGGCUGAAUUCCAGUAUGUAAAAAAGUAAUAUAAUAAUUAAUGAGUUCAGUGAAACUCGAUGUUUGGAACAUAAAUAUUGUGUAUGAAUGUUAAUAAGUUAAUGUAUAGUUUAUGAAGAUAAGACUGCAAAUAUCAUGUAAUAAAAUGAAGUGAUUGAUGAUG